AUGUUCCAUGCUGUUGCCGCACUGUACAAGGAUAUAGGGGUCUUCGUUAUUGUUGAUGCGCUGGACGAGUGCCAAAUGAGAGACAAUGUUCGUUUCAAGUUCAGUGAGACGCUUCUGCGCCUUCAUGCCAGGGGAACUAAUAUCAACCUCCUGGCCACGUCUCGCCCUGUACCUGAUAUUGUGGAAGCCUUUGAUGGGCACUCCCGCCUCGAGAUCGUGGCCCAAAAGGACGACAUCGAGCGAUACAUACGCAAUCGGAUGCCCACUUUGCGCGCGGUUUCAAAGUGCCCGGACCUCCAACAUGAACUCAUCAUCUGUAUUGCCAGUGUCGCAGAUGGCAUGUUCCUACUCUCUCACCUCUUCUUCGAGUCUUUGAAGGAUAAAGUUAGCGCAAAACUUAUCCGUGAAACAUUGAAGGAGCUUCAAAAUGAUUCACAAGAAAAGGAGCCAAAGCUUGCCCUAUUACGCCGGGCAUAUGACAAGGCAAUGGAGCGAAUCAAUGAACAACCAGCUGGAUUCAAGGCGCUUGCCAACCAUGUGCUAUCUUGGAUCAUCUGCGCUAAACGUCCUCUCAAAACGAUAGAGGUUCAGUAUGCAUGGGCUGUCAAGGACAGUGAGGAUGACGAGCUUGAUAUAACCGCGAUUCCGGAUGUCGAAGACAUGCUUUCGGCAUGCUGCGGACACGUUGUCAUUGACAAAGAAAGCGAAAUCAUUUGA